UAAACAAUAUAAGCAGUACCAGUAGCAGUAAUAAUAAUAGUCGUAAUCGUAGUAGUAGUUGUAGUAGUGUGUAGGAACAAUCUCUUUAUAUAAGAGUGAACACAACUACGGCGAUUAAAAGCUCGACAACGGUAACAUACAUAACGUAACAAGCAAAAAGGCUGCUGCCGUUUUUAAAAUAAAACCGAGUCAGCCAGAGAGGAGGGAGAGAGGGCGAGAGGGAGAGACCAAUCUAUAAAAUAACAUUAGAAUGGUAGUUAAGAGACUACACAAUGAUCCGGUUUUGGAUAUUCACGGCAUUUCUCAUUUCUCUUGGUUGCUAUAUCUGUGUGAAAGCUCAGGACGACUUUUCAAGUCCUGUAACAUGUUAUAAAUGCAUGGGAACUAUGGUGAACAGUUCUUGUGCCGAUCCGGUGAACGUAAACAACAUCUCUAUGAAAGAAUGUCCACAAGGAUUGUGUAUAAAAUGGACGAGAAAGCUCGGUGGAAUUUGGUAUAUGGAAAGAACGUGCUCAGAUGAUCUUACAAUCUACAUCAGCCUAAUAGACCGUGUGUGUCGGACGGAGCGAAAUGGAAACGGUUAUUUAUGUAUGUGUGGCAAACAUUUAUGCAACGCAGCUAACUCUCCAGUCACAGAAUCUCUGUACAUCAAAACGAUCGCAGUUACAGCUGUUUCGUUAAUAUUCAUGGUGCUGCAAUUAAUAUUAUGAUAUGUUCUGUCUUUUCAUCUUCCUUACUCGCUCGCUGAACACACAGCGGUCCAUGACGGACGUAGCUAUUGGGAUCAUACAAAAUAGGUGUUUCUACAACAACAGCAACAACAACGACAACAACAAAAAUACUCUAAAUUAGUGAAUAUUUGACAGUUGAUUUUGUUUGUUUUUAUUUUUAACUUUAUUUUUUAUUCGUUUGUUUAAAAUGGCAAUGGAAGGUUCUGGGUGAGAACCUAUAACUCUUGUCAGCACAGUUAAUGCAACUGAAGUAGUAAUUGUUGCUGCUGUUGUUCUUGUUUUAUUCAACCGUUGCACUUUCAGGAAUAUGGCCUUGAUUGUGGCCAAGAAGUUCUUUAAGAUUACCAGAUUCACAACACCACCUCAAAAUUUGAACAUUGAUGAAAUGAAAAGAAAAAAAUACCUUUUAUAUUUCAAGAGAGAGGUUAUCUCCUCUUUGUAGUUAUAUAUGUUACUAAACUCCAACAUGCAAACAGCGAACCACUUCGUAAGCAACAGAAAAGAAAAAAAGCACAAUGCAAAUGACAUGAUCAAAAUAGGAACCACUAAAUCUUCCUCCAUCGUAUCCUCUCAUCUUUAUAGAAAAGGGAGGGAUGCAUUUGGAUAAUGUGGUCUCUAGGUACAUCAUGUCUAAAAAAAAGGCAUGAUGUUCAUAGUUAGAAAGCCUUUGAUCGCAAGAUAGCUCGGUCAAAGCUGACCUGGGACUAAACAACAGCAACUAAAACAUUUUAAAAAUAGAUCAGCUUGGGGUGCCACAGAUUAAGACAACAUAACAUUAAGAUAACAUAAAAACCACUCUCUUUAGAAAAUAAAUUGCUCGUGAACAUACAUACAUACAUACAUACAUACAUACAUACA